AUGGCUUCAAGACUUGAUAGACUGGUCACCAUCUUGGAGACUGGUAGUACAAGGCUCAUUCGAGACACUGCUGUCAACCAACUGGCUGACUGGCAAAAGCAACACCCAGAUGAGCUUUUCAACCUGUUAUCCCGGGUUGUGCCAUACCUGCGGCACAAAGAUUGGGAAACCAGGAGCACAGCAGCCAAGGCUAUUGGGAAAAUCGUGGAGCAUGCCCCUGUUCAUGAUCCCAACUUGGAGGAUGGGCCCGAUGAACCAAAGAAGGAGGAAGCUGAGGUCAAGAAGCAAAAGGAAGAGGACGACCAAUUAAGUGGAGAGAAUGGCCAUAUUAAGAAAGAGGAAGAGCGAGAGGUCACACUGCCAGAUGAAGAUCAUUUCCGAUUAGAGUCGCUUGAUGUCGAAAUGAUCCUCAAGUAUGGACGAGAACUGCUACGAGGUGGAGCUAUUGAAUAUGGUCUUGCUUCGCUGGAUCCUCAAUCUCGUCUGGAUCACCAGAAAAAGACACUCAUUGGACGCCUUGGGCUACUCGGUCGCAAGUUUGAGGACGAAGAGGUGCCGGUCGUUAAUAACAACAGCGAUAGCCAGGCUGCUCCCAUGACCCCCAUCGACCACAGCUCUAGCAAUGGCCAGCAACGAAGCGAUGGCCUCUCACAAAACGCCGAAGAGUCGCAGCUUAGCUCGAGGCAGCUAAAUGUCCUCAAACGAAAACGCAAGAGAGAAGCAAUGAAGGCUUCGCAAGGUAAAGGCGGCUUUGGCGACUUGUCUCUACGACGCUCGACGACUGUUGGAUCGGAGGGGAUGGCGGACGAAACGCCAUCUGCAGAGACGGACACGAAGAAGAAUGGCAAGGUGAACGACUACUUCAACUUGGAACGGCCCACUGAUGUUGAUGAGGAUUCCAAAAUCGUCAGCGAGUUCAAAGGCCCUGUGAUACCCAUCAAGUCAGAGUUGGAGACGAACGAAGCAACAGAAGGAGUCGACUGGCCAUAUAAUCGCCUGUGCGACUUCCUCAAGGUGGACAUAUUUGACCCAUCCUGGGAAACUCGUCAUGGUGCUGCCAUGGGCCUGCGAGAGCUGGUCCGUGUGCAGGGAGGUGGCGCCGGGAGACAACUCGGUAAAUCGCGAGUUGAGAACGAUGCAUUGAAUAAAAAAUGGCUCGACGACCUCGCUUGUCGAUUGUGCAGCGUGCUCAUGCUCGACCGAUUUACCGACUACAGCUCUGAUACUUCAGUCGCCCCUAUCCGAGAGACGGUGGGUCAGUCUCUGGGUUCAGUCCUGAAGCAUGUUCCAUCCGAAUCUGUCGACAGCAUCUACAAAAUCCUCUACCGAAUGGUGAUGCAGGAUGACUUAACACUGGAACGUCCUAUAUGGGCUGUUGGCCAUGGCGGCAUGGUUGGGCUUCGAUACGUCGUUGCCGUCAGGAAAGACCUUCUGCUCCAGGAUAACAACAUGAUUGACGGCGUUGUCGGCGCGGUGAUGAAGGGCUUGGGUGAUAUGGAUGAUGAUGUUAGGUCUGUCAGUGCUGCAACGCUCAUCCCCAUGGCUCAAGAAUUCGUCACAAUGCGCCCCGGGUCUUUGGAUGCUCUCAUUGGUAUUGUAUGGGAGAGCUUAUCAAACCUGGGUGAUGACCUGAGCGCCAGUACUGGGCGUAUCAUGGACCUCCUGGCCACUCUCUGCAGUUUCCCGGAGGUUUUGGAAGCUAUGAAGGCAAGUGCAGCGCAAGAUGAGGAACGCUCGUUCACGCUCCUGGUCCCACGUCUGUAUCCCUUCCUGCGACAUACCAUCACCUCAGUCAGGCUUGCUGUCCUGAAAGCACUGCUAACCUUUGCCAACUUGGAAUCUGAGUCCUCCCAAGGCUGGCUGAAUGGGCGAGUGUUGCGUUUGAUUUUCCAGAACAUUCUUGUCGAGAGAGACCAGAAAACACUCUCGACUUCCUUCGAACUUUGGCAGGCCCUUGUGCGGAGCUUGGCCUCCAAGGAUCCAGCUGCCCUCGCUGACGAAUUUGCUGCCCACGUCGAGCCCUUAAUGCAACUCACCCUGCAUCCCGUUGGCACAUCGCGAAAUCCUAUCCCGAUGAAUGUCACUCUCUUCCAGAAGCCUUCAGGGGGUACAUACUCAACACCUGGUUCAGUACAGGUGCCAUUGCGAAAGCCCUCUUCUCCCGAUGGAUCAGAACGAGCCACGAAACGCCGACGGAAAUCCGCCAAGGUCGAUGAUGCGCCGUCAGCUAACCUUACCCAUGAUGUUGACGGCCAUAUGAUGCAGGGAGAUGUUGAUCUUGUCGGCAUUGAUGUUCUUAUCCGCUCUCGCAUUUCCGCAGCCAAGGCCAUGGGGCUCCUCAUGUCGGCCAUCCCACCUGAAAAGCUCAGCGACUACGACGCUGUGCUUAUCCCAGGCUUUUCCUCUGCUUAUUCCUCAACCCAGCUCUCUGCGUGCGCCGUCGUAGACGAAUAUGCAAAGAAUUUCCCCAAGGAUGUCGUCACCUCACGCUACUUCGAUCAUGUCCAGUCCAUUGUCGAAAAAGAGCGACCUUCAUCUUACAGGGAUCUCGUCAACUACGUCCAAAGAGUGCGAACGCAGUGUCAGCAGCUUAUACACCUAUUCCGGGACUUCGGCAAGGUCUCUCACAACAAGUUACCUAUCCUUCCUGUGGUUGUACAGGGAGAGCCGGAUGCCGGCCCAAGUGCAUUCUCCAUAGCCAUGGCCGAGAAAUGUGUCAGCGAUGACUAUGAAAAGUUGAAGAAGGCGAUGCCUCCUGGGCAGAGGCUGAUUGCUAGCCAGCAACUGGCAGACGCUCGCGAGAGUACGAUGGCAACGAUUGAAGAAGCUAAAUCUGUCAAGAAUGUCCGGGGCAUCAGGGUCAGGGCCUCGGCAGCAUGCGCCAUUGUGUCGAUGAGACAGCUUCCUAAGAAGCCUAGCCCUUUGAUCAAGAGUAUUAUGGAUUCUAUCAAGACAGAGGACAGCCAGGAACUUCAAAACCGAUCUGCCGACUCGAUAGCCAGGCUUGUCCAGUUAUUUACCGAAAACGGCCGCAAGGGUCCAGCCGACAAGAUUGUUGGCAAUCUCGUCAAAUUUUCUUGCAUGGAAGUCGCGGAGACUCCCGAGUUUCCUGUCCAUGCAGCAAAGACUGACUGUAUUUUAUCAAUGCAGAAGGAAGAGGACCGCGUCGAUCAUGCUGACGCUGUCAAAUGGGCCAAGGAGGCCAAGGCUGCCCGCAUCACUAGGAGAGGUGCGAAGGAAGCCUUGGAGAUCCUGGCCAAGACUUACGGCGCCAGUCUUCUCGAGACUGUACCGAAGCUGCAAUCCUUUAUGGAAGAUCCACUAGUCAAGUCCUUCACUGGUGACCUUCCUCCCGAGGCAAAGGAUCCAGAGCAAAACUUUGGACAGGAGAUUGUGGAUGCACUUUCAGUUAUUCGCACCAUGACACCUACAUUAGAUCCGGCUCUCCAUCCUUUUGUGAUGCGCAUGAUGCCUUUGGUAAUCAAAGCAUUGCAUUCGGAGCUAUCUGUUUUCCGCUACAUGGCCGCCAAGUGUUUGGCGACAAUAUGCAGCGUGAUGACCGUUGAGGGUAUGACAGCUCUGGUAGAGAAGGUUUUACCGUCCAUCACAAACCCCAUCGACCUACAUUACCGACAAGGCGUCACCGAGGCCAUAUACCACCUUAUCGCAACAAUGGGUGAUGCAAUUUUGCCCUAUGUCAUCUUCCUCAUCGUGCCGGUUCUCGGACGUAUGAGCGAUUCAGACAAUGAAAUCCGUCUGAUCGCAACGACCUCUUUCGCGACACUGGUGAAGCUUGUACCCCUGGAAGCUGGUAUACCUGAUCCUCCAGGUCUCUCGGAAGAACUGCUAAAGGGCCGAGACCGGGAGCGAGCAUUCAUCUCGCAACUCUUGGACCCGAAGAAGGUCGAGACUUUCCAGAUACCAGUCGCAAUCAAGGCAGAGCUGCGAUCAUAUCAACAAGAAGGUGUGAACUGGCUUCAUUUCCUCAACAAAUAUCACCUGCACGGUAUUCUUUGCGACGAUAUGGGUCUCGGCAAAACGUUGCAGACGAUCUGCAUCGUCGCAAGUGACCACCACCAGCGAGCAGAGCAGUUUGCCAAGACCCAAGCCGCUGAUUUGAGGCGAAUGCCAUCUCUCAUUGUAUGCCCCCCCACGCUGUCUGGUCACUGGCAGCAGGAGAUCAAGAACUACGCGCCCUUCCUCAGCGUCACGGCCUACGUUGGUCCACCUGGAGAGCGAAAGGCCAUGCGAGAAAGGCUGGGUGAGACAGAUAUUGUUGUCACGUCCUACGACGUUUGUCGUAACGACACUGAAAUUCUCGAGAAGCAUAAUUGGAACUAUGUCGUUUUGGAUGAGGGUCAUUUGAUCAAGAACCCCAAAGCUAAGAUCACCCAAGCCGUCAAGAAACUGCCGAGUAACCACCGCCUGAUCCUGACAGGAACACCGAUUCAGAACAACGUCUUGGAAUUAUGGUCGCUGUUCGAUUUCCUCAUGCCCGGCUUCCUGGGUGCCGAAAAGGUAUUCCUAGACCGGUUCGCGAAACCGAUAGCAGCGAGUCGAUUUAGCAAGGCGUCUUCUAAAGAACAAGAAGCUGGCGCUUUGGCCAUUGAGGCGUUACACAAGCAGGUGCUUCCAUUCUUGUUACGCCGUUUGAAGGAAGAAGUCCUCAACGACUUGCCACCUAAGAUUCUACAGAAUUACUAUUGUGAUCUGAGUGAUCUCCAAAAGAAGUUGUUUGAUGACUUCACGAGGAAGCAGGGCAAGAAGAUCCAGGAUGAGGCCGGCCGCGAAGAUAAGGAAGCCAAACAACACAUCUUCCAAGCCCUUCAGUACAUGCGAAAGCUUUGCAAUUCGCCAGCCUUGGUUGUGAAACCAGACAACAAGAUCUACGAAGAAACACAAAAGAUUCUUCAGAAACAAGGCACUUCACUCGAAGACCCAGCACAUGCGCCAAAGCUUACGGCAUUACGAGAUUUGCUGGUGGAUUGCGGCAUUGGUGUUGAGGGUGGUGAUCCAUCAAACGAUCCCUUGUACCAGCCUAUCAAGCCGCACCGCGCUCUUAUUUUCUGUCAGAUGAAGGAAAUGCUGGACAUGGUUCAAAACACGGUACUCAAGAAGAUGCUUCCCUCCGUGUCUCAUCUCCGGCUCGAUGGCUCGGUGGAGGCGAAUAAGAGGCAGGACAUUGUCAACAAGUUCAACAGCGAUCCAUCGUAUGAUGUGCUCUUAUUGACGACGAGCGUAGGAGGUCUGGGUCUUAACCUCACGGGUGCUGACACGGUUAUUUUCGUGGAGCAUGACUGGAACCCGCAGAGAGAUUUGCAAGCUAUGGACCGAGCUCAUCGUAUUGGUCAGAAGAAGGUUGUCAAUGUGUAUCGAUUGAUCACGCGCGGAACGCUCGAGGAGAAGAUUCUGAAUCUCCAGCGGUUCAAAAUAGACGUGGCCUCGACAGUUGUUAAUCAACAGAAUGCAGGGCUAUCAACCAUGGAUACAGAUCAGAUUUUGGAUCUCUUCAAUUUGGGAGACUCUGGGCCGAGUCUCAUAUCCGACAAGCCCAAGGACUCUGGGAUUGAUGGACGUGAGGAAGACAUGGUGGACCUGGAGACAGGCGACGUUCGCCAGCCAGGCAAGAAGGCUUGGCUGGAUGACCUGGGCGAGCUCUGGGAUAAUAAACAAUACGAGGAGAGUUUCGAUCUGGACGACUAUAUGAAGACAAUAUCAUAA